AUGGGUUGUUGAAUCUCUCCGUCUCGGCGCCUCUCCGUCUCCAUCCUCCAUGUCCGUCCACAGUUUUCUCUCAAAAUGAGGAUUAUGAUCAUUAGUAUUUGCCGGCAGAUUCCGCUCCUCUUCACUGUCUUCUGGGGACCGACGAUGGGGGCUUUUCCGAGCAGCGUUCAGAUCGGGGGACUUUUCAUCAGGAACACGGAUCAGGAGUACACAGCCUUCCGACUGGCCAUCUUCCUGCACAACACCAGCCCCAACGCCACAGAAGCACCUUUCAACCUCGUCCCCCAUGUGGACAACAUCGAGACGGCCAACAGCUUCGCCGUCACCAACGCCUUCUGCUCCCAGUACUCCCGCGGUGUCUUCGCCAUCUUCGGCCUGUAUGACAAGCGCUCGGUGCACACGCUCACCUCCUUCUGCAGCGCGCUGCACAUCUCGCUCAUCACGCCCAGCUUCCCUACGGAAGGAGAGAGCCAGUUCGUCUUGCAGUUGCGGCCGUCCAUACGAGGGGCGCUGCUGAGCCUCCUUGACCACUAUGACUGGAACCGCUUCGUCUUCCUCUACGACACGGACCGAGGCUACGCCAUCCUCCAGGCUGUCAUGGAGAAGGCAGGGCAGAAUGGCUGGCAGGUGAGCGCCAUCUGUGUGGAGAGUUUCAACGAUGCCAGUUACCGCCGGCUGCUAGAGGACCUCGACCGCCGUCAGGAGAGGAAGUUUGUCAUCGACCUCGAGCCAGAGAGGCUGUACAACAUCUUGGAGCAGGUUGUCAGCGUUGGGAAACACGUGAAGGGCUACCAUUACAUCAUGGCGAACCUGGGGUUCAAGGACAUCUCGCUGGAGCGAUUCAUGCACGGUGGAGCCAACGUGACUGGCUUCCAGCUGGUGAACUUCAGUAAUCCCAUGGUCAUUAAGCUCAUGCAGCGCUGGAACAAGCUGGACCAGAGGGAGUACCCCGGGUCCGAGAGUCCACCCAGGUACACUUCGGCGCUGACCUACGACGGGGUGCUCGUGAUGGCCGAGGCCUUUCGCAACCUGCGGCGGCAGAAGAUUGAUAUCUCCCGGCGGGGAAACGCCGGAGACUGCCUGGCCAACCCAGCAGCACCUUGGAACCAGGGCAUUGACAUGGAGCGCACGCUGAAACAGGUGCGCAUCCAAGGCCUGACGGGAAACGUGCAGUUCGACCACUACGGCCGCAGGGUGAACUACACCAUGGAUGUGUUCGAGCUGAAAAGCAACGGGCCCAGGAGGAUAGGCUACUGGAACGACAUUGACAAGCUGGUCCUGAUCCAGAACGACUUGCUGCACCCCAACGAUAGCUCGGCUAUGGAGAACAGGACGGUGAUCGUGACGACCAUCAUGGAGGGCCCCUACGUGAUGCUGAAGAAGAACUGGGAGAUGUAUGAGGGCAACGACCAGUACGAGGGCUAUUGUGUUGACCUGGCCUCCGAGAUCGCCAAGCACAUCGGCAUCAAGUACAAGAUCUCCAUCGUGCCAGAUGGCAAGUAUGGAGCCAGGGACCCCGAGACCAAGAUCUGGAACGGCAUGGUCGGGGAGCUGGUGUAUGGGAAAGCAGAGAUUGCCGUGGCCCCGUUAACCAUCACCCUGGUGAGAGAGGAGGUCAUUGACUUCUCCAAGCCCUUCAUGAGCCUGGGUAUCUCCAUUAUGAUCAAGAAGCCACAGAAGUCCAAGCCAGGCGUUUUCUCCUUCCUGGACCCGUUGGCCUACGAAAUUUGGAUGUGCAUUGUGUUCGCCUACAUCGGCGUGAGCGUGGUGCUCUUCCUGGUGAGCCGUUUCAGCCCCUACGAGUGGCACGCAGAGGAACCAGAAGAGGGAUCGGAGACGCCACCUGCCGACCAGCCGCCCAAUGAGUUUGGCAUCUUCAACAGCCUCUGGUUUUCCCUAGGGGCCUUCAUGCAGCAGGGGUGUGAUAUCUCACCCAGGUCUCUCUCCGGACGCAUCGUUGGAGGGGUCUGGUGGUUCUUCACGCUCAUCAUCAUCUCCUCCUACACGGCCAACCUGGCGGCCUUCCUCACCGUGGAGAGGAUGGUGUCGCCCAUCGAGAGCGCGGAGGACCUGGCCAAGCAGACGGAGAUCGCCUACGGGACGCUGGACUCGGGCUCCACCAAAGAGUUCUUCAGGAGGUCCAAAAUAGCCGUGUACGAGAAGAUGUGGACGUACAUGAAGUCGGCGGAGCCCACCGUGUUCACCAAGACGACUGCGGAGGGCGUGGCGCGCGUGCGCAAGUCCAAGGGGAAGUACGCCUUCCUGCUCGAGUCCACCAUGAACGAGUACACGGAGCAGCGCAAGCCCUGCGACACCAUGAAGGUCGGGGGCAACCUGGACUCCAAGGGCUACGGCGUGGCCACGCCCAAGGGCUCACAGUUAAGAAAUGCUGUUAACCUCGCAGUUUUAAAACUGAAUGAGCAAGGCCUGUUGGACAAAUUGAAAAACAAAUGGUGGUACGACAAGGGCGAGUGUGGCAGCGGAGGAGGUGACUCCAAGGACAAGAGCUCUCAGGCGCUGAGCCUGAGCAACGUGGCCGGGGUGUUCUACAUCCUGGUGGGGGGGCUGGGCCUCGCCAUGCUCGUGGCUCUCAUUGAGUUCUGUUACAAGUCCAGAGCUGAAGCCAAGAAAAUGAAGCUGACCUUCACGGAAGCCAUGCGGAACAAGGCGCGGCUGUCGAUCACCGGCAGCGUGGGUGAGAACGGCCGCGUCCUGACCCCCGACUGCCCCAAGGCCGUGCACGCCGGCCCUCCGCUCCGCCAGAGCUCGGGGUUGGCCGUGGUCUCCGCCGACCUGCCGUAGGAACCAAAAACACCCCGGUGCCUUAGAACACGAGACGCGGUCCCACGACAGGGAGGAACAUCGAGCAAAACCUGUCGGCGAACCGCGGGAAGGAAGGGGGAGGAGGAGCGAGCGACGGGACGGGACGGGACGGGGCGCGCUGUCUCCGUCGCCCGCCGACGCUGCACACUUGGACAAAAAUGAACACGAGAACUCGACAAAGACGAGCAGAGACACGCGCGUGACGGAAGUGACCCGUUCGCGGAGCCACGGCCGAGAGGCGCCGCCCGCCACACUUUGGCGGCCAAAGUCAUUGCAUGAGCUGUCGCCAGGGGGGUGGGGGGUGAGGGGGCCUCCGCCAGAGAGCCUCCCGUCGUUACCUGGACGGCGCCGUCUGCUGGCGGGAGGACGAGGACGCGCCUGCGAGACCACAAAACUGUACUUGAAACAUAAACUGCGCUCUUUCGCGUUUGCCAUUAACUGCUGAGACGAACUUGCUUGUCACACACACGCUCGGCUGUAGCCUUGCCGAAAUAACGCAGCGGUCAGAGACCAUAUAAUCCUGCGACUCGCAGCAAUCCCACAAGUGGCGGACGUAGCGAUGGCGAGGCCUGCGCUGGGUUCAGUGCGUAGUAUGAAUAGGAUUAUUAUAACAAUAACGCCGUCGACAGCGAACACACGGUCGCUGUACUGUGACGGGGAGACGACGCGACACGUGUAAAUUCUGUGGAAAAACGUACUAAUGAAAUUAUUUACAGUACAUUGUCUUUUAAAAAGAGGGGGCAGUAAAUGAAGAAAAUGCUUGCUUUUUUAAACCGAUGUAAAUAAUUGUAGCGAAAAGAAAACGUUUCUCUUUUAUAACCAGAUAGAAAGUAAUUCAUUGCAAUAAUGAAUAUAUAAUAUGACAUUGACUACACUUGUAAUUAAGAAGUACAUGAUACACAGAUGUGUGUGCGUGUGUGUGUGUCUGUGUGUGUGUCUAAAUUUAGAUAUAUGAAAUUAUACAUAUACGUAUAUGUAUAUUAGAUGUGCCCCCGGCUCCUCGCAAGACAAAUGGUUGAACAUCCAAAUGUUUCUCCAUCUUAAUUAUUUCUUUAAAAGAGUAUUUUCUGCUCUGUUUUCUCAAAUUUGGGAUGUCACGUGACAUGUUGACCCCCCCCAACCAGAACAGUGUUUACGGCUCGUGUCGGGCGUUCCCUGGUGUCAGUGAUUCGCUGCACGUUUAUUGGGGACGGUCAACAGCACCAAACAGGAACUUAUGUACACAACACUUUUUUCUACUCAUUUUUAAAGUUUUAAUUGAGAUAGAGCUUGAAGUUAACAAUAUCAAGAAAAAUUCUUACAAUUUUUCACCUAUCACAGCUAUAUCUGACACUGACAGAACCCAGUCCAGAAAUAAAUGAGCAAUUGUGUGAAUUAUUCACCUUUUAUUGACUGUGAAUUGGUGGUAAAAGCAACUGAAGAACAGACAUAUUUGUCAGACACUUUUGUCCAAAGCAACUUCCAAUUAACUCUAUGUAGUGUUAUCAGCCCAC